UGACAUUUGAUUGUAUCUAUUACAGUAUUCACAAAUCACAGUAACAGUAAAUUCAGUUCAAGGCUACCUAUGUACUUUAUAAAUAAUUCGUGCUUAUCACUUUGUCUUGUACUCGUGUUUAGGCAACACAGUUCAUAAUCUUACUUAAGUAAGAAAUAACUUAAAAUGGCUCGUAUAAUAUCAUUAGAAGAAGUUAAAAAACACAGACGCAAGAGCAGUGUUUGGAUUAUAAUUCACAAUGAUGUGUACGAUGUUACGAACUUUUUAACAGAGCAUCCUGGUGGUGAGGAUUCUUUAUUGGAUGUUGCUGGUAAAGAUGGAAGCCGAGAAUUUGAGGAUGUGGGACAUAGUGAUGAUGCAAGAGAACUUUUAAAAAAGUAUAAAAUAGGAUCCCUGAACCCUGAAGAUAGGAUCAGUGUUGUCUUACCAUGCUCAAAACUCAAAUGGGCAUUACUCGCUCUAGCAGGAGCGUUAGUCGUAGGUGUCGUUCUGAAGAAAUAUCUGGGAAGCAAGUAAACCUAUUCUCAUCUAUAUCGGGUCCAAUUAUUUAAAAAGCUGGCUUUUAGCUAAGUGUAGUGAUUAGUGUUACCAGAAUAAAAAAAACUUGUUGCAAUUUUAUAUAUUAAUUUUACAAUGGGCUGUGUCAAAUAUUUUUGUUUAUGAUUAAUUAAAGGCUCAAAGCAUUUGUACAUUUUUGUAUUUUUUUGUGUUUGUAAAGUCUAAACAUUUACUAAAUGCAUCGUUUAUACAUUGCUGUAUAACCUAUUACUGAAUGAUUUAUAUUAUUAUGUGAUAAUAAAAAUUAAAAUCGA